AUGUCAAGUCAAGAUGCAUUCCCCUUCUCCGACGCGUCGAUUCACCAAGCGCGUCGACAGUCUGCUGUCUUGACUCCAAGCUCACAAUCAAUUGGUCAGGAUGAUAGAGGGAGUUUAGGGAGUAAGAAGCGGAAGAGAGAUGGCAAUUCUUUGGAGGACUUGCUUAAGGAUACUUUUAUUGUCAAGAUAUUGGAAUUGGAAGAACGAAUGGGAAAUCAGCCAAUGGUUCUCAUAGCUAGAUUGGAUGACAAUCGUACUUUAUACGCAGUCGAGAGAGAAUCGCGAGGAUUAUAUGUCAUUUUACAACUCGGUUCUUGGAUCAACAUACAUCAAUUGAAGUCUUCGGCUGUUGUCGCCCAGACCGAGCGCGCAGAUGUACCAGUGAAGGGAAUGCUUCUAGGCUCCGCCCAUUUGGGAGCCUCGGCAGAGUCAUUUAUCACACCAGAGGGGAGCAAAUAUAAUAAGAAGAAAAGACUAGCCAUCGAAGCGAUACAAUCUAUGAUCAAACGGCCAUCUACUCCACUAUUACCAGAGCCCCGACCUCAAUCAGCUGCUCCUGAAUCAUUACCCGUACCUGAGGCUGAAAAUGUCUUCCAAGCAACGGUUUCUUUGCCCGCCUUGGAAACGAAAACACAAGCCACAGCUCCUGAGAUAUUCGAUAACAUCAGAAAUCAGUACUUCGAAUCACUCUAUCUCUCGAAAACCUCACUGGCAUAUUUUGCCAAAGGUCCGUUAUCACGAGCACGUGCAGCAUUCCACCUCGAUUUUGACGCAAAUCUCGAUAUGAAUGAUCACAUUGCAUUUUUAGAAAGCCUUGUACUAUCUAGUACUCUUCUCGACAAGAAAUAUCGUGAUGGUGUACCUACCUGUGUCUCGGCCAUUGAUAUCCAAGAUCAAAGUGCCGACGAUGCGACAGUUAAACCCCAAAAAAGGAAGGGCAAUAAGAAGAUGAAACCUGGAAAGAAUGGUUUGUACCCAAAUGAGGAAUCACUCAUUGGAAAAUGGUGGGUUGGUCAUGAUGAGGAGAUCGAGUCCGGAGCUCCAGGAUCAUCAAAAGACGAGAUGGCAAAAACUCGCAUAGCCAAUUUACGUAUUCGCGAAACGCAACUUCAAAUGAUUGUAAUUCUUGAGAUUCUUGCCCUACAACCUCUAGCUUCAACAACAGAGAACGUGGAGGGAGGCUUACCAAGUCUACCAAGUUAUGAUAUUAUUCAAAGCAAGGAACGGACACCCAAAACUAGAAAACAGGACCAUCUCACAAUGCUCAUUGAUGUCCAUAUUGAUCGAUUAUGCAUUUGGCAGUCUAUUGCAACUGAAGCCAUCAAAGCUCCGGAAACAAGCUCAGAUCCAACAGCUGCCAAAACCGUAAAUCACACUGACAAUAUCCUCAAGGAUUUUUGCAUAGAAGUCAUUGCGCCUUUCUUCUCUGCACGUCUCCCUGAUCGUUGUGAUACCAUAAAUCGCAAACUUGGAGGACCAAUUACCAAAUCUGCUUCAAAACCUAGGAUUCCUAAAUCUGCAAGUUUCUCAAAUACACCUACUCGACCGGGGGCAGUCACUAAGCGUCCUGUUCCUGCAAAACAAAGAAAAAGCCUCCAGCGUGUGUUGACAGAUGAUAGGGAGAGACGUACAAAGAAGCAAGCUGCUAUUGACGCAGAGCUGAAGGAUGCCAUUUCAGCAGUCAAAAAGCCAAAUCGAUUUCAACCGGUACAGAUUAAGGCCACACCCAAGAAUAAUCGUCGGAAAGACGUGUUCGGUGAAUCCCAAUCGACUCUCGGUGGAUCGGAGCAGAUGGAGGUUGGUCUCGUCCCUCCAUCAAGCGUUCCCACCAUACCACAAUCCAAGGUUCGUCUAGCAUACGAUCAAGAUCCUUUUCGGGAUUCCAUACAAGCAACUCCAAGUCGCAAAUCCUCUUCUACAGCGUCUAUGCCCAUGGAUAAUUUCAAGAACUAUGACGCCGGUUAUGCAAUACCACCUUCUUCACCAUUGCAAAUGCGUCGUUCUAGCGCACAACUAUUCAACAGUAUUCCUGAUUCUGUGGUAAAAAGACCUGUCUCAGCUGUCCCACGAGGUAUUUUGGAAACACCAAUAAAAAGAUCUUCAUCCUCUACUUUGUAUAAUGGCAUAGAAGAAACGCCAAUGAAAGAAACACCACUGAGAGAAACACCGGUCAAGGAAACACCUCUAGGGAAGAUAUCAGAGUGGAAAUUGGGCCAAAAGAAUGAGUUUGGCCCUUCAAAUCAAGAUCAAGAGAAUUUAAGAGAUGUGCCAGUAGCACUAGAAAAGAUGAAACCUACACAAAUUUAUAAGAAAGAGAUAUCAUAUUAUGAGGCGUUAGGGUGGAAUGAUGAUGAUAUUGACGACUUGGCAUGA